CCGACGCGCUUUUUCCCGUGACGAAGCUCAAACGUGCCUGGUUGUUUCGUUUUCCACCGGAAAAUCCCCGAAACUCAUGAGAAUUAAAAUCACCCUCAAAAUCCAUCCGCCCGUCACGCAAUUUUCCACCAAUCAAACCCGGAAGUUGAAGCCCCUGAGGUGCAUCUAAAUCAUCGAGAGCGCAAAUCAGGAAAAAAUCAAGUUGUGUACGUUUUUCGAGAGUAAAUAAACGACCACCCCCGUGUGUGUCGUUCUUGCGGCCACUCCGGCAGUAUUGAUUUACCCUUCCCCCCCAACAAUUGCCACUAAAGUGUCUUAUUUCCCUUUUCAUACGAUUUAUCACCAUUUUCCAUUGCUCAUCACCAUUUUUUAACGACACAUGAAUUGAGGAGAACCGGCCAAUUAAAUUCAAAAUUAAUUGAUCCACUUUUCCACCAAAAAAGCCGCAAUCAAACGUCCAAAUAAAAUUUCCGGAAGUUCUGAAUCGAAUGAAUAAAUAAAUUCGAUUUAAUUCUCCAUCGAAAUUCUAAUUUUCGGCUUAAACACGAAACCCGUUGUCCGUGCUGUCUAAAUCGAAAAUAAAUAAAUCGUCUGCCCCAAUAUGCGGAGAAUCCACUGCGCAAGGGGAAACUCACGCUUUUCUUGACUAAAGAGGAUAAACCGUUGAAUUUCAAUCAGUGAACAUCACUCGGAGUUCGAGUUUUAUUGGAUAAUUAAAGGGAAUUAAAAUGUCGUCGAUAUCGGCUCAGGGUGUUGUAGAGAGGGCGAGUGCCGAGCUGACGAAGAGGAUCAACGGAUUGGGCCUUCGAGCCUCCAAGCAUCAUGGGGGUGGUAAGGCUAGCGUAAUGGAACGCGUGACAAACGUGUUCUGCGGGGGCGGUGGUGGUGGUGUUGCAUACACCAAUCUGGGUAGCACGAAUAACGCGAACAUGACACCAGAGAAGCCAAGUAGAAGUGCCCCCUUGCCUGUUAAUAAUCCAGUUAAUAUUGCUAACAACAAGGGACUUUCCAACAACAGUGCUGCUGUGAGGGGAAGAAUAUCGAGAAAUCGUGCGAAACAUGUACCUCUUGCCAGUGGUGGCACUGGUGGAUAUCUUCCACCUACCUCCUGGGAGCAACUCAUACUAGAUGAUCAUUUUUUGAGCCGAUUUUUCCUGUAUUUCAAUGCCACCGAGAGACGAAUACUGGCACAGGUUUGCACUCGGUGGCGAGACGUUUUGUAUGCACGCCCGCGAUUCUGGUCUGGUCUAGUGCCUGUCGUAAGGUGCAGGGAGGUGAGGGCAAUGCCGUCAGGAUCAAGAACAAAGCUCUAUGCCUCAUUAGUCAGACGUGGUUUUCAUUCUUUGGUAUUACUUGGGGCAGCUGAUGAGGACAUACCCGAAUUAACCCACAGUUUUCCCAUGGCACAGAGGCACGUGCAUUCGUUAUCACUGCGCUGCUGUUCAGUUACUGAUAGGGGCCUGGAAGCACUUCUGGAUCAUUUACAGGCAUUAUUCGAAUUGGAGCUUGCCGGAUGUAACGAAAUAACGGAGGCAGGUCUGUGGGCAUGUUUAACACCCCGAAUAGUCUCCCUAUCGCUGUCAGACUGUAUAAACGUAGCGGACGAGGCGGUGGGUGCAGUAGCCCAAUUACUACCAAGUCUCUACGAAUUCUCCCUUCAAGCCUAUCACGUCACCGAUGCAGCACUGGGCUACUUCAGUGCCAAACAGAGCAGUUCCCUGAGCAUCCUCAGACUCCAGUCCUGCUGGGAAUUGACUAAUCACGGUGUCGUCAAUAUAGUGCAUUCGCUGCCCAAUUUGACGGUUCUGUCGCUGUCGGGAUGCAGCAAAGUUACGGACGAUGGGGUGGAAUUAAUUGCGGAAAAUUUACCGAGACUACGGUCACUCGAUUUGAGCUGGUGCUCCAGAAUAACUGAUUCUGCGCUGGAGAACAUUGCGUGCGAUCUCAAUCAGUUGGAAGAACUUAUACUUGAUAGGUGUGUCCAUGUGACGGAUAUUGGAGUUGGGUACAUAUCGACCAUGAGUUCCCUGAAUGCAUUGUUUCUGAGGUGGUGUUCACAAUUGAGGGACUUUGGACUGCAGCAUUUGUGCGGCAUGAGGGCAUUACUCGUUCUUUCAGUUGCAGGAUGCCCCUUACUAACGAGCAGUGGUCUAUCAAGCCUCAUCCAGCUCCGUCACCUCCAAGAACUCGAAUUAACAAAUUGUCCAGGCACAUCACGCGAACUAUUCGAUUACCUGCGUGAGCAUCUACCACGCUGUCUGAUCAUUGAGUAAGAAAAAAUUACCUUGAAAAAUGCUCAGGAAGAAUAUUCAAUAAAUAGGAGAAAACCAAUUCUAAGCCAAAUGCAUCGUUCGUUCAAGUUUAAGUUUUCGAUAAAAAAAAUGGAAGUAAAUGGAUAAAAAACCAUGAUUUCGCUGGGAUAAACAGUUGUUACAAAACGGUGAUUCAAUUUUUUAGUAACUAGGCAAUUUUUAAUACACGCUGUCCCACUUUAUACGAUGAAACUGUUGAAUAUAAUACCAAUCGAGUUGUCUACGUCCAAGAGUUCAUCGUUUGCAUUUAAUGAUUAAAGUGUCGCUUUUUUUACUCAGUUUUACGCAACAAAAAAGAAAUUGCUUUAACAAUAAGGAAUGAAAGAAACCCAAAAAUAGGUAAAAUUAGAAAUAGUGGAAGAGGACAGCAUUGUUAACGCUCCGUAGAGUGCACUCGUUGAUAUUCGCGGAGAACCCUUGGCGUAGAAACUUCAUGAAACACCCCGCAACCUCUCGGCCAUCGUCAAAAUGGGUCGGUUGGCUUUAUAUUUGUGAAUAGUUUUUUCCUCAAAGUUUUCUCUCACUAUUAUCAUUAUAAAAUCCGGACACACAGGACUGGAGUAUUUCGUCAUUAAAUGGAAUGAAAAGUUUUAAUUUGCACAUUUGUGAGAUGUUUCUCCCUAGGUAUUCACGAUAAAUAUAUGAAAAAUUGAAUAAAUUCAUGUGAAUUUCCAUUUAGUGACGAAAUAAAGGGACAAGUUCUGCAAUAAUCAAGGCAUUAGGGAGAGAUCAUGAACGAUAUUUAAAGAAUUAUGAAAAAUACACAUUGUGAGACACAAGGCACGCCAGUUAGGACUGUGAUAAAUUUAUAUUGUAUACUUUAAUCUCUCUUCAUUUUUUAAUUACCAUGUAUUUAGUGACUGAACGUUUCGGCGGCUUCAAAUGUCUGCUUUGCUCGUUCAAGAGCUGAAGACACUAUAAAAAGAAUAAUAUUACGAACUAAAGUUUUGAAUGCUAGUCAAGUUCUAGAGGAUGAACAAAAAUUGAGAGACGUGUGUGUUUGUGAGAGAACAUUCCAGAGUUGUUGAAAUCAUCGGGAGGAGAUUUAGUAUUUAGAUCCUUACGUUGAGUGUCACCCGACAAUACGUAACUUCGAAUUUAAUUGAACAUGAUGAAUUUUUAAAAAUUCGAGGGGAUUUUUUUCGUGAAUAAUCAUAAAAUAUUUGUCAUUAAAAAUGUAAUUUUGAUGUUUUAUCAAAUGACAAGAAUUUCUUCAUCUACUAAAUGUUUAAAUAAGAUUCUGUUGAAUGUAAUUAUUAUUUUUAACCGACUAUUCGGUUGAGAAGAUUCUGAGGAACAAAAAUAUCGUUGAUGAUUAAUUUAAUUCGAUGAAAAUUGUGAAAAUUCAGAGGAUUUCCUCAAUGACGUGAAAAUUCAAUGGAUAAAUGUUAAAUAAUUAUUAUUCGUUAGAAAUACGAAUGUUCGUCUGAUUUGGAUUGUUCUUUAGUACAAAAAACACAUGCAGAGGGACAAUGUAUCACAGAAAAUGUGAAAAGUGAAGGAAAUUAAUGAACAAGGAAAUGAAAUUGACAUUUAGAUAACAGUUAGUCCAGACGAUACAAAAUUUUUACAUAACUGGAUAAUAACUCAUGAGAAAUAAAACGAUAUGACUAAUAAAAGUUGUUGCGUAUUAUCCUCGUAUGCUCUGUGAGCUCGACAGAGGUGUUUGUAUAUAUUGUACAAAUAAUAAUGCGACACAUUUAAUCAAAAGGCAGAAAUAAAGAUUACCACAUCACAUAUUUAAUAAUAUUUAAUGAAUUCACAGUGUUUUGUGAUCCUAUGGGUUAGAUUUUUCUAGAAUUAAGAGUUGAACUCAAAGUUUAACUGGCAAUGGGGGAAUAAAAGGAAUGUUGUCCAUAAAGUUCAA